GAGAAAGUGCCUUUCGGACAAGCUUCAGGCGGCGAACUCUCUCGUUUGGAAGGAACAGAUUGAGUGUGGGCAUUUAAGAUCCCGUUGCAUAAGCUUGUAAAGGACAUGGUUCCUACUUGGGACGAGCUGCAGAGUCUCUUGAUCGAUUGCCUCAAUGGCAAACAUUUAUGGGCGACUGCUUUGGCUGUAUUCAUUGGCACCUUCCUUUUCAUGGCCUUGAAAAGUUGGUGGGAUGCAAGCCAACCAAUUGAUCUGCAGGCAUCUGCUAUGCAAGUUGGCAACGUUAUUCCCUCCGAGCUCGCAAAGUACGAUGGGCAGGAUCCGUACAGAGCAAUUCUGCUUUCAUUGCGAGGAACGAUCUUGGAUGUGAGCGCGGGCAAGGAGAUGUAUGGGCCAGGUGGUAGCUAUGCACAUUUUGCGGGCAAGGAGGUUGCAAGGGCCCUGGGCAAGAUGUCAAUGGACUCCAAGGAUUGUACAGACAAGGUGGAUGACCUGACGCCUGAGCAGCUGAAAACUCUGGAGGACUGGGAGGCCAAGCUCAAGGCCAAAUACCCUGUGGUUGGAAAGGUGGUGCCUCCAAAGAGGCUGACAUUGCAGCAGCUCAGGACAUAUGGCGGGGAGGACAAGAGCAAGCCGAUAUUGCUGGCUAUCAGGGGAGUCAUAUUUGAUGUCAGCAGGGGCGCUGAGUUCUACGGCCCCGAUGGCAUGUACCCCUUUGCUGGCCACGAGUGUGCACGUGCUUUUGCCAUGAUCUCCACCGAUGUCGCAGACUGCAAUGACAAUCUGGAGGGAUUGGGCGCCAUGGAGCUGGACAAUCUGAGGGACUGGGAGGCAAAGUUCAAUUUCAAGUACCCAAUCGUAGGCUCACUUGUCAAGGAGAAGAGGCUCAAUGACACAGUGCUGCACAUGAAGGAGAGGAUUGCCGGCAAGAUAGGCAAUGCCAAUAACAACGCCUUUAAGCUUCGUAAACUCUUUGCAAUGGCUGACAAAGAUAAGACAGGGCUGGUCAAGGAGAUGGACCUGGGAGACAUUGGAGACCUUGGCAUGGCAGCAUCAAGCAGCCGGUCACAUGCCUUCCCAGCAGCAGUGGCAGCGGUGCUGAAGUCUCAUGGCGGUGCGGAGGGAGCAGUGGAUGGCAGCUCAGGGCUGGCUUGGGUCUUCUCCAAGAAGGACCUGUUUGUGUGGAUGUACGACGAGGGGAGUGAUGCCGAGGUGCACAAACGCACUCUCCCCUACACGUCCUCACGACGCCACUUUGUCUCCUUCGCCCUCCAUGAGGUGCCGGCAGCGCGCCUGUCAGUAGUCCUCUGCUCGGACGACGGCAACCUGGCGCUCUGGCCGGACUUCUGCGGCAGCGAUACGCUGGAGACACAGCGGCUAGCCGGCCCAGUGACCACCGCAGCUGCCGCGCCGCUCCCUGGCGGCGCUUUUGUCGCAUGCGUAGGCACUGCCGGUGCCUCGCUGUUCUGCGUGCGCGCUGAGCUGGCAGCCGGCGUCCUGCAGACGCGCGUGGCCCGCCUGAAUGCACCCGCUGCUGCGUCAGCUGGGGGACAGCAGCCAGGCGUGCUGGGGAGGCUGUUUGCGUGGGGAUCAGCGCCCAGCUCUGCCGCACCUGUGGGGCCCUCUACGCAUCCAGCCACAACAAUACACUUUGUGGCGGCGGCUGGCGGCUCUCUGCGCCUAUUGGUGCUGACCGCUGAUGCCUUGGACUGCUGGCAGGUGGAUGAGCGGUCCGAGCAGCUGCUGUGGUCCCAAAAUCUGGCGGAGCAGCUUCGACAGCGGCUGCAUGCUGACAGCGUAGACCUCUUGGACCUCACCAUUGUGCCAGCUGUGCGCGGGUCCCCCCGCCAAGCAGCCAUCCUGGCCUCCAGCGUUCCCUCUGAUGGCGAUGACGGCGAGCUGUCGGCGCAUGUGGUGGACUUUGGAGGCUCGUCGCCCGCUCUGAAAGCAUGGCAGCUUCUAACGGGGAUGGAAGUAAACUCUAAAUUCCGCUUCAAUGCCUCCAUGGAUGCAGAGGCCUUCCUGCUGUGGUGGCCUGGAGGCUUGCCAAUCGAAUGGACCCCAAGUGCAGGCGCGGAGUGGCUGGAGGUUCCAGGCAACUGCCUGGCAGCUUCCAUCAGCCAGCAGAACACCUGGGUGGUCCUCACCCCUACAAGGGUGGUGGAGAUACCGGUGGAGGGCCACAUUGAUGAGUCAGAGGGCAUCCAGCCCAGCAUGCCCAGCAUGGCUCCCAUCCAAGAGCCAAAUAGUGUUCCAGGAGUAUCAGGGCAGGUGGCAGGCAGGGGGCCGGCUGAGGAGGUGUUUGCCAUUCUGGACGAGGCGGCUGCGGCGGGGGCGCUGUCACCGUCUGGGUACCAGCGGCUGAGAUCGGCCGGGGCAUUUUCUGGGGAGGGGCCUGGCAACGCCGUCGCCAGAUACAGUACUAGGCUGGCGGACGUGCUGCCAAAGCAUUGGGGCGGCCCCGUGGGGGGCGCUGAGGUGGCGGAGCAGCUGGCCAGCAAGAAGCUGAGUCAUGACUCGCUGCUCAUGAUCCUGGGCGACGCCGGCGUGCUGCCCCAGCUUGCUGCACCCACGCUCAGGGUGGUUCUGGAGAACGGCGAGCGGCUGGCGGCAGUGGCGGCGGUGCGGGAGGCUGAGAACCGGCUGCUGUCGGCGCGCAGCCGCCCCGGGGGCUCCUCCUCGCUCGCACUGCUGCAGCACAUCAUCGGCCUCGCGGGCCAGCAGUGCAUGCCGCAGGCGGCGGCGCCGGUGGAGGACAGGUCCAGCUGGGAGGUCUUCUACUCCUACCCCUCCAUCAGCGCCCCGGCCUUUUUUAGCGCUGCGGCGGCGGCCGUGCAGCAGCAGCCGGACUCCGGCGGCAGCGCGGCCGACGCCUUUGAGGACCUGCACGAGAUUGCCAAGGCCGUCCAGGGGGCCCUGCAGGCGGCGCUGGCUCAGCGCGGCUGGCACGCGCAGCGCUUCCCGGCCGAGGUUGCGCGCGCUCUCCGGGGCUGCGGCUCGCCCGAGUGGCUCGUGCAGGAGGCGCCCCGCUCCGCCCUGCUCUCCCUUUCCCACGCCCUCAUCAGGCUGCGGCUGACGCUGCAAUCUGAGUCGCCGGAGAGGGCGACGGAGGCGGUGAGCCUGUUGCUGGCGCUGGCAGAGCGGCUGCUGAACGCAUUCGCGGCGGCCGUCCCGGCCACGGACCCGUCGUCGGCCGGUGCCGUGGAACGCCUCGUGACUGACUACGCGGCCGUGCGCUCGGACAUCCUGCAACAUGCUCUGGACCAGGCCAUCGCGUUUUGCGCGCAAGGCGAUGGGCGCGGAGAGGCGUUGCUGCAGAGGGUGGAGUUGUUGGCGCAGUCCCACGCGGCGCACGCGCAGCUGUUUGACCUGUGCGAGUUCCUGGGCGACCGCGCGCGCCUCCACGACCAUAUGGCCGCCAACGCGGCUGAGGACAUGUAUGCGCGAGAGACGGCAGCGCAGUAUGUAUUUGGGCGGCUGCUGAGGGAGGGGCGCCAGGCGGAGCUGCUCAGCCUGCCAGACGCAUUCAACACCGACCUGCAUGCUUGGCUGCUGCACCAGGCACGCCCCUGGUUGACUCUCCUACCUGCUCCUUGUGGACUUCCAUCAAAAGGCGAGCAGACGGGCGAUGUGAGCGAGCUGCGCUGGCUGCACGAGCUGCGCAUGCGCGACUACAGCCGCGCGGCCGCCACACUUGCGCGCGUCGCCGCCUCGGCCGGGGGCGGCCGUGCGCAAUUUGCGCAGUCGGGCGCCGCCGCUCGCCUUGCCAAGCUUGCACUGCUUGCCGCUCAGCACGGCGGCCUAGCGGCCCCCUCCCGCCAGGCGGAGCAGGGCAGGGAGGAAAUGGACAGGAUCCUCACGCUGCUGGCAGUCCAGGAGAGGCUGGGACUGGCCGCAGAGGGACCCAUGCCCCCGGCAGCCCUGGCGAAAGCCGCCCUUCAGGCUUCAAGCAGCGGGCCGGCAGAGGGCGAAGCGGUAAACGGUGCGGCAGCUGCUGAGCAGGAGGAAGCUGCCCUACUUGCGUUUGAUGUCCUGGCAGCUGCCGGGCAGCAGAUGAAUGGAAAUGCAAGGGGAGUGCUGGAGGCGGCAUGGCAGCGAGCGCUAUCGGCGACGGAUUGGGCGGUGGUAGCGGCCGAGCGCGCCAAAUGCAGCGACGCCGACUUCGGCCGGCUUCUGGGCGCGACGCUCGUUGCGCGCGCGGCCGCCCGGUGCUUCAGCCCCUACGCGCACCACCGCCUGCCGCUGACCAGCACUGCGAUUGCAUCACCUGAGGACACAGCAGCACUCCUCAAGCAGCUGCACAGCAGCGGCUCGCCUGCAACGCUGUCCGACGUCCUAGCGGCCUUUGAGAUAGGUUGUGCCGGAAAUUUGGCGCCAGUGUCCGAGGAAGAUGCAAUGGUCCUGUCUUGA